CAAGCUAGCAAGUCGGUCAAGUCAGAUUCAACACUGCGGUCCCGCGGCUUUCCUCAUAGCCUCUGUCCAACUCAACAGUUAAAUUAUUGUUUAAAUUACUCAUCGUCAUCUUUUCCCCGUUUAUCGUUGGUUAGUUGCGGUGUUCGGUUGUGAUAAUUCAGCAAAAAGUUGCAAAAUCAUUUUGAGUGGUACAGCUUUUUUUCAUUUGUGCAACAGUAUCGUAAGACAUUGGGCUACGCAAUGACCGAUAAAAGUCAAUACGUUCUGCCGAAUUCGCAACCCAUUGUGGAGCUGGACUGUGCCACGGCAUUCAAAGCGUUGACCGAGAAGGAAAAAUUGUAUGCGCAUUAUUUCAAUCAGGCAUCAUGGUCCGGAGGGCUGAUAGCGUUAGUGCAAUCAAGCCCGGAGUCGCCGUUGAUCUUUUCGUUGCUACAUCGGCUAUUCCUUGCGGAGUCGACCGCGGAACUCAAGAAGGCAGCGGUAGAGGCGGGAGUAAGUGAGGAUGAAUUUACGGCAUUCUUAGUGUAUGCUUGCGGUUUCUUAGCCAAUGCCGGUAACUAUAAGGGUAUGGGCGAUAGCAAGAUCGUACCCAAUCUAGACGAGGAUAAGUUUGAGCUGAUUGUAAAGAACUCCAAAGCUUUUAAAACGGACGAAGCUUUGUUACAGCAGCUAUGGGACCAAACGAAGAAACCGAUUUUUCUGCUGACGGAUCGUACUAAAACACUUGGUCUGUGCGAUCAGGGAAUUACAACAUACUUUUCGUCGAAUGUUACUCGCGAAGAUACGGAAUUAAUAAGCGAGUGGAUGAAAGAAAAUAAGUUCGAAGCCUAUAUAUGCCGUACUUUUAAAACACUAGAGGAUGGUAAAACUGUUUACAACAUUAAGCUUGCCUCUGCUGAAAAGGGGGAUAAAGACGGCUUGACUAAGCCAUCCGUUGAAUAUAAAGGAUGUAUUUUUAAAAUUACUCGAGGGGAUUACAAUGAACUAAUGCAAAAAGUAGUGGACCAUUUGAGGGAAGCUAACAAAUAUUCUGCGAAUGAUAACCAAAAGGAAAUGAUUAAUAAUUACGUUGAAAGUUUUGCGGAAGGCAGUUUGGAUGCCCAUAAGACCGGUUCGCGCUACUGGAUCAAGGACAAAGGUCCGGUCAUCGAAACUUAUAUUGGAUUCAUCGAGACCUAUCGUGAUCCCGUUGGACAACGCGGUGAAUUUGAGGGAUUUGUUGCAAUGGUCAACAAAGAGAUGUCUGCUAAAUUUGGGACGUUGGUAAAGAAUGCCGAAAACUUUAUAAAACUUCUUCCAUGGGGAGAAGAUUAUGAGAAGGACAACUAUUUGAAGCCGGACUUCACUUCGCUGGAUAUUUUAACUUUCGCCGGGUCGGGUGUGCCUUGCGGGAUAAACAUUCCUAAUUAUGACGAAAUCCGUCAGGACGAAGGAUUUAAAAACGUUUCCCUGGGAAAUGUGUUGGCUAACACCAACAAAACGGAUACGAUUCCUUUCCUGUCGGAAGAAGAUCAAGCCUUGAUGAAGCGUUACAAGGCGACCGCAUUCGAGGUGCAAGUUGGCCUGCAUGAAUUGUUAGGUCACGGCAGUGGAAAGUUGUUACGUAUUAACGACAAGGGUGAGUUUAACUUUGACCGUGAGAAGGUAAAAAGCCCACUGGAUAGGGAAGCGAUUGGUAAUUGGUACGAGCCAGGCGAAACGUACGACUCAAAAUUCAAAUCAUUGGGAUCGAGCUAUGAAGAGUGUCGUGCCGAAGCAGUUGGUCUAUAUCUCAGCCUGAACAGGGAUAUUAUGAAAAUAUUCGGUCACACCGACGAACAGGAAGUUUCGGACAUAAUUUACGUUAACUGGUUGUUGCUAGUUUGGGGAGGAGUCGGUGUAGCCAUGGAAUUGUACAAUCCAGCGCAAAAAACUUGGCUUCAGGCGCAUUAUCAAGCACGUUUCGUAAUUAUGAAGGUUCUGUUGGAAGCUGGAGAAGGUUUGGUCAAUAUAGAAGAAACCGAACCAGGUAAAAAUCUUCUAUUGAAAUUUGAUCGCAGCAAGAUUGAAACAGUUGGUAAGAAAGCCAUAAAGGAGUUUUUGCUUAAGCUGCAGUUUUAUAAAUCAACCGGAGACGUAGUCGGUGCCACUAAGAUGUACAAUCAUUAUUCGGAGGUGCACGAGGAUGGACCGUAUCCGUGGGCUAAAUGGCGUGACAUUGUUCUGUUGCAUAAGAAGCCUCGGAUGAUAUUUGUGCAGGCCAAUACGGAGCUUUCCGAGGCCGGCACUGUGCAGCUUAAAACGUACGAAUCCAGCUUCGAUGGCUACAUCCAAUCCUGGUUAGAUCGGUUCCCCAGCGUUGAAAUCGACGAAGUCUUGGAGCGGAUCCACGAGCAUGAUAAGAAAUACUUUCAAGACCUCUACUGAUCUGUGACUGCCGCUUUAAAAUAUAUUUUUAUUGAAAUAAAGCAUUUAUU